AUAAUUGGGGUAUGUGUCACGAAGUACAGUUGAGAUUGUUUGGUGCAACACUCAUUCUGAGAAUCAAACAAAGUGGUGGAUAAUCAAUUAAGUACUAAAAUUAAAGUUUUAACUUAUUUAUUAUUUUUAAGAAGUCUAUGAUAAACUUAUUAUCCUUUAUUUACAUAACAGUCUAAUCAAUAAUGAUUGUUCGAUGAUCAGUUAAACAGUGAGGUGGGAGGAUUCGUCUCGACCAAUCUUUUAAAUAUGAGGGCACACAUAACUAGUGCUCCAACUAGAUUCAUCACAAGGCAACAAUUACAAUAUUCACUAAUGAACCGCAAAAUGAUCUAACAUCAUAUAUAGUGCGAUAAUAUUUACUUAUUUGCCGUCAAUGAACUGAAUUUCGAUAAGUGAGAGUUUUGCAUCUAUACUGAGAGCAAAAGGUACAGAGCAAAAUUAGGUGAUUAAAGUGUCUAGCAAGGAAAAGACUUUACAUAACCUUAUAAGAUGUUGGCUAAAUUAUGGCAAAGUCUAAAAUCAACAUAUUCUUGUGGGCAUGAUGGUAUGUUUGAUGAUAAAUUGAUAAUUAAUGAUUUCAUUGAUUUGACCAUUCACCAACGAUCUAACCACCGAGCGAACAGACGUCAGUAUUCCGGUGAGGCCGCUCCCACGUUGAUCGCCUCCUCCGGCGCUACAGCAACCCAAUAACAGUCCAGCAGACCCAAGCCACGUCAUCCUUUUCCCCGGGCGUACCCAUCUGAGCAUCACACCCAAGCAUUCCCUUUGCCGGGAAAUCACCGGAAAGCUCCCCGGGGACGCUUGUCAAUCAAUCGAGUCGUACAGCAAAGUUAAAAAAAUAUUAAUAGAAAGUUUAUGGAAAAUAUUAUUAAUCUUUUCAAAUUCCGUGCUUCCUUUAGACGAAAAUGGAAAAUGCGACAAAAUGGCGAUGCCAAUACUACUUCUUCUCUUCUCCUUUCCCUUUUCAGCAGGCGAGCGAUCGUAGUUUCGAAGCAUCAGCGGAAUUUUUUUUCCCGGCUUCGUAUUCUCGGAGAACAGGACGACCGCCGGCGGGUUGGCUGAUUUUCUACUACCCGGUUUGGUUACCUAGAAAGAGAAGCCCUGAUUCAAUCAAUCGUCCUCUCUCGAGGAAAGAAGGAAAGCUCCAAAGUAAUUUACAGGUGCCGGCGACAACCAUUUGUUCGUUUGUUUCUCAUUGUAUUUCGGGUUGGUGAAAUCAACUUUUUUGUUUUGCGGGUUUGGGUUGGUGGAAUUUUUGACAAGGGUUCAUCCAAACUGCAUUUUCCCGGUAUUGGAGCGUAAUGAAAAUAGCGUUUCUUGAAUUUUUGGGAAUUGGUUAACCAUCUUGUUGCUGUUUUCGGCUUAGGGGUGGAAAGCGAUCAGUGUAAUUUUAUUUCAGAGAAACAGAGUCUCUGUCUUUUUCGCCUUGGAUUGGGCAUCUCUGGGUACUGAAUCGGCAUUUUUGUCUGUAUAUUGUUGGUUUAGAUGUAGAAUUGAACUGAGUUGAUGGUUAAAUGGGUUUCUUGGAGAUACCAUGCAACGAAAGGAAGGAAUUUUUUUUCUUUUUCUUUUCAUGGGGAGCUUCUUCUUGUUUCAAACUUGGUCAUCUGAAGCACAUCCAUGAAUUGUAUGUCUUUACAGAUUGAAUUGCAGUUGAUGACAUUGUGCAGCAGCUGGAACCCACUAGUCUGUGAAAUUGGUAUCGCUGCUCUUUGAAUCAGAAGUGCAGUACUUAUAAUGCCACUGCCCAUUAGAAGAAAACCUAGUGAGAUGACGAAGCUUUUCAUGACAACUCUCCUUGGCAUCCUCUUUGGCUUCUUCUUGGGAAUAUCCUUGCCAACACUGUCCCUCUCAAAGUUGAAUCUUCCAACCGGGUUGCUUCCUUCCUUUGACUUCACUUACAUGGAGGACAAGUUCUCCGGUCUUUCGCCACAAGCACUGCUCAAUGCUUUGUCCUCUCUAAGGAGACAUAGUAUACAUUCCUUGUUAUUUCACCGAUACAAUGGAACCAAGAUAUGGGUCAAUGAAAAUCCAAGAGGUGCUGAGAGGUUACCUCCUGGUAUAGUAACUUCUGAGUCGGACUUGUUCCUUCGACGAUUGUGGGGUAUGCCUGAUGAGGACUUGCCAGUCCAACCGAAGUAUCUUGUGACAUUCACAGUUGGGUAUGAACAGAGAAAGAAUGUCGAUGCAGCAGUUCAAAAGUUCUCUGAGAACUUCACCAUCCUAUUGUUUCACUACGACGGCCGGGUAACUGAGUGGGAUGAAUUUGAAUGGUCAAAGCGAGCAAUCCACGUGAGUGCUCCUAAGCAAACGAAGUGGUGGUUUGCCAAGCGGUUUCUUCACCCGGAUAUUGUUGCAGCAUAUGACUAUAUUUUCAUGUGGGAUGAGGAUCUUGGGGUGGACCAUUUUGAUGGAGAGGAACUGGUGAGGAAAUAUGGGUUGGAUAUAUCUCAGCCUGCUUUAGAUCCUGAAAGAGGGACCACCUGGGCAAUGACGAAGAAAAGAUAUGACACUGAAGUUCACAAGCAUACUGAAGAGAAACCCGGUUGGUGCAAGGAACCAUAUUGGCCGCCAUGUGCAGCAUUUGUGGAGAUUAUGGCUCCUGUAUUUUCCCGAGAGGCAUGGCGAUGUGUUUGGCAUAUGAUUCAGAAUGACUUGGUUCAUGGAUGGGGUCUUGACUUUACCAUGAGGAAAUGUAUUGAGCCUGCUCAUGAGAAGAUCGGAGUGGUAGAUGCUCAAUGGAUAGUUCAUCUAGGCAUUCCAUCCCUUGGGAACCAGGGAACAUCAGAGAAAGGGAGAGCGCCAUGGGAAGGGGUGAGGAAGAGGUGUCAAACCGAAUGGAGGAUGUUUUAUGAACGCUUUGCACAAGCGCAGAAAGCCUAUUACUGGAUGCUGAGAUUUCGUCGAAGAAGUAAUAAUGUCACGAAUAGCUAGAAGGAUCUGGAAUGAUCAUUGAUUCCCACCCUUAGUGUAAAUUCCACUUCCAGAGCUCCUACAAAAUGACCACAAUCAAUCAGAAGUAGCAUUUUAGGUUUUCUGUCUUCUUUGAUUUUCAUUAAGUGUGUUAUUGAGGUGAACUUUACUCGAGCUGUAGCUCACAGGUGACUCACAAUUUAGGCUGCUCACAUAAUUUUUGGCCAAUCAUCUUGUACUUUUUAGGCAAAAUACAGUUCCAUAGCCAAAACUUUCACGUUUGUGCCAAUAAUAGCCACAUUUGGCGAAAUACCACUUAUAGCCACCUUUUGAAAAUGUUGUUGGACAAAUAUAGCCUUUUCCGUUAGAAACAUUGACGGGGUUACUAACACCGUCAAAUAAGUAGACGGUUUGCUGAUUAGGCGAGAAGAAAUCGAACACGUCAGC